CUUUCCCACAGCUAACUCAACAUGGCGUCGAGGGCACCAGUGGCUUCAGGCAGGCUUCUGUCCAGUGUGCGCAAAUGGUACUACAAUUUAAGCGGCUUCAACAAGAUCGGUUUGAUGCGAGACGACACGAUACACGAGGACGACGACGUGAAGGAGGCCCUGCGCAGGCUCCCGGAGAACGUCUACAACGACCGCAUGUUCCGCAUCAAGAGAGCUCUGGAUCUGUCCAUGAAGCACCAGAUCCUCCCCAAGGAUCAGUGGAAAAAAUACGAAGAGGAUGAGCCCUACCUGAUGCCGUACCUUGACGAAGUGAUCCGUGAGAGGAAAGAAAGAGAGGAAUGGAUGAAGAAAUGAAUGAGAGACAGAUCGAGAGAGCUGGGCUGGUUAAAUCCCUGCAUGAAUAACCUUGCCGUUGUAUAUUUAAAAUGAAAGCCUAUAUAGUCAUUAAAAUGUACAUUUUGAAACAAGCCCAGCUGUUUGAGUUCAUUAACAUGAAAAUUAUUACAGAAAUACAGAAAUCACAACCUCGGAAGGAACUGUUAGAAAAUACAAAGGAGAAUUACAGCCACUGAAGACAAAGAAUAUAAGAGUUGUACUUUGCGAGUAGUGAUAAUCAUGAAAUUUGUCAUAGUUUUGUUAUUUGUUUAACUUAGACAAGUUUCUAUUUUUGUUUUAAAAGAAAAGGUCUGGUGUUGAUG